AUGAUGUAUACCUCAGUCCUACUGGUUUUGUUCGCCUUCGCGACGGUAUUCGCCGCUCCUGCUCUAUAUAACGAUUAUGAACGAUUACCGCAAAAGCGAGCUGCUCUAGUUCUAGACCGGCUGCUAGUGGCACUUCAAAAGGCUUUGCACGAAGAAAAUGUAGCACCUCGGUACGAUAGAACUGAAUACGAAGGUCCGAGAACUGCGCCUUUACGAAUACCCAUGGAUGAUUCUGAUAUGAGUGCUUUGGAGCGUCGGGGCCAGUCUAAUAACAACAGGGGGCGAGUUCUCCGAUGUUUCUUCAACGCAGUCACGUGCUUCUAA